ACUUAGUAUCUCUCCCAGUUGCCCAGUGGGACAGUUGGGUCUCAGCACCUCAAGCGGCUCCAUCAAAACCACAAAGCCAAUCGAACAGUCAUCCAGCCAUGAGCAAGUCCUACUCCUCCUCAGCCCAGAGUGCCUCCUCGUACCGCCGCACCUUCGGCUCUGGUGUCGGUUCAUCCCCAAUGUCUUCCCUCUUCUCCUCUCUAGGAGGAGGCCGCAGCUCCUCUUCAAGCCACAUGUCUUCCAGAGUAUAUGAGGUCAAGAGCUCUGGCAUUCCCUCCUAUUCCAGCUUCAGGGUGUCCUCUGGUGCUGGAGGAGCUGGGUUCGGCUCCUCUACAGCCGUGCGCACCUAUGCCGGCGAGAAACUCGACUUCAACCUGGCUGAUGCCAUGAACCAGGACUUCCUCAACACAAGGACCAAUGAGAAGGCCGAGCUUCAGCACCUCAAUGACCGCUUUGCCAGCUACAUCGAGAAGGUGCGUUUCCUGGAGCAGCAGAAUGCAGCGCUGACGGUGGAGAUUGAGAAGCUGAGGGGUCGCGAGGGGCCCGGGCGCGUGGCUGAGAUGUAUGAGGAAGAAAUGAGGGAGCUGAGGAGGCAGAUAGAGGCCCUCUCCAACCAGCGUGCCCGAGUGGAGGUGGAGAGAGACAACCUGGCUGAUGACCUGCAGAAACUUAAGCUGAGACUGCAGGAGGAGAUUCACCAGAAGGAAGAGGCUGAGAACAACCUGUCUGCUUUCAGAGCCGAUGUUGACAAUGCCACGCUGGCCAGGCUGGACCUGGAGAGACGCAUUGAGAGCUUGCAAGAGGAGAUUGCCUUCCUCAAGAAGAUCCAUGAAGAGGAGAUCCGUGAGCUGCAGAGCCAGAUGCAGGACACUCAGGUCCAGAUCCAGAUGGACAUGUCCAAACCCGACCUGACUGCUGCUCUGAGGGACAUCCGCAUGCAGUACGAGGCCAUCGCCGCCAAGAACAUUGCAGAGGCUGAGGAAUGGUACAAGUCUAAGGUGUCUGAUCUGAACCAGGCUGUGAACAAGAACAAUGAUGCACUGCGUCAGGCCAAACAGGAGAGCAUGGAGUACAGACACCAGAUCCAGUCCUACACCUGCGAGAUCGACUCGCUCAAAGGCACCAACGAGUCUCUGCUGCGCCAGAUGAGAGAUAUGGAGGAUCGCAUGGGCCGCGAGGCUUCUGGUUACCAAGAUACCAUCGCACGGUUGGAGGAAGACAUUGCUAAGAUGAAGGAUGACAUGGCCCGCCACCUGAGAGAGUAUCAGGACCUCCUCAAUGUGAAGAUGGCCCUCGAUAUUGAAAUUGCCACCUACCGCAAGCUGCUGGAGGGAGAGGAGAGCAGGAUCACUACCACUGUGCCUGUCCAGUCUGCUUAUUCCUCCAUCGGAUUCAGAGAGACCAGUCCUGAGUCCCAGCAUCAACGUUCAUCAGAAGUUCACUCCAAGAAGACUGUUCUCAUCAAGACCAUCGAGACCCGAGAUGGGGAGGUGGUCAGCGAAUCCACACAGCACCAGCAAGACAUCAUGUAAACAAGAAGAGACAAAGUUAGAAACACUAUAAAUUAAUAAAAAUACAACAACAAAAAAAAAAAAUUAACAUUUUCCUACCACUACUAUGAUGAUUAAUAAGUUGAGCUCAUUUUUAGAUACAGAACGCUGAGCAUUUCAGCCAAAUUAAAU